CUCUGUGAUUGGUUUGGGCCGCAGCCAAUGGGAGAGGUAGGGAUGGUGGACGGACCGAAGAGCUGGGCUGCGCCAUGAGCAGCUUCGGAGGCAGGAUGCGGGAGUAUCCCUGGCUGUCCAUAGACCGCUUCGACCGGGAGAACCUGCGGGCGCGGGCCUACUUCCUGUCCCACUGCCACAAGGAUCACAUGAAAGGGCUGAGAGCGCCUUCCUUGAAAAGAAGACUGGAGUGCAGCUUGAAAGUUCACUUGUACUGUUCACCGGUAACCAAGGAGUUGCUGCUGACUAGCCCAAAAUACAAGUUUUGGGAGAAUCGCAUUGUUACCCUUGAAGUUGAAACUCCAACUCAGAUUUCUUUACUUGAUGAAGCGUCUGGUGAGAAAGAAGAAAUAGUGGUGACGCUUCUACCAGCUGGUCACUGCCCAGGAUCAGUCAUGUUUUUGUUUCAAGGCCAAAAUGGCACUGUACUUUAUACUGGAGAUUUCAGACUAGCAAAAGGAGAAGCAGCUAGAAUGGAGCUCUUGCAUUCGGGGACCAGAGUGAAAGACAUUCAGAGUGUAUAUUUAGACACCACUUUCUGUGAUCCCAGAUUUUAUCAGAUACCAAGCAGAGAGGAAUGUUUAAAUGGGAUAUUAGAGUUAGUGCGAAGCUGGAUCACUCUGAGUCGCCAUCAUGUUGUAUGGCUAAAUUGCAAAGCUGCCUAUGGAUAUGAAUAUUUAUUCACAAACCUCAGUGAAGAACUUGGAGUCAAGGUCCAUGUGAACAAACUGGAUAUGUUCAAUAACAUGCCGGAAAUCCUCUACCAUGUUACCACGGAUCGGCACACUCAGAUUCAUGCAUGUCGACAUCCACGGGAUGAUGACUAUCUUCGAGGGAAUAGGUUGCCUUGUGGAAUGACGUCCCGAAAUGGAACCCCUUUAUGUAUAAUUAGUGUCAAACCUUCCACAAUGUGGUUUGGAGAGAGGACAAGAAAAACCAAUAUAGUAGUAAGGACUGGGGAGAGUUCAUACAGAGCUUGCUUCUCUUUUCACUCCUCUUACAGUGAGAUUAAGGAUUUCGUGGGUUAUAUCCGCCCUGUGAAUGUGUAUCCCAACGUAAUUCCAGUGGGUUCAACAGCAGAUGAAGUUGUAAAAAUCUUAAAGCCACUAUGCAAGUCAUACAGUAUAAAGAGCGAGCCCAAAUAUAAACCACUUGGAACACUGAAGAGAUCCAGAACAAUGGACUUAACAGACACAGAUGAGGGCAGUGAUGAUCUCUUCGAUACAGAAUUGACUCCUGUAAGGCAUAAGAUUCCAAAACAUCAAGGAGAGACAACGUUGCCUGAGACAAAAGCUUCAUCUGAAAAUUCUGGAGGAAACCAUAGUGAGAACAUGGGAAGUUACAAAGCAACCACUAUGCCUAUGUCUUCGCAGGUACACUUCAUAGACUGUGAGGAAUCAAAUGGUGAAGAUGAUGAUGAUGAAGAAUCUGAAAAAAAUACAGUUUGGGCUCAAGUUGUAGUGCACAAUCCAGACUCCACUUCGAUACUGGGAAAUCCAAAUGAAGAAGCCCAUUCAGACUUGACCUGUGCAUUGACUAGUGGCCAGCAGGAGUCUAAUGCAGAUAUGCCACAGUGGGAUGUUUUCUUUAAGCGAGAUAUUAAAACGACAGAUGAUAGCUCUGAAAAUGAGGACCAUCCCCCAUCUUCCAUAGAUGCUGGUAGGUCCCAGUCACCAAACUUGUUCAGUGAUUCAGAUAGUUUAAGUGAUUCUACCCAUAUCUCCUCACAAAAUUCUUCUCAGUCAACCCACAUAUCGGAGCAGGGCAGCCAGGGCGUGGACAGCCAAGCAGACACAGUGCUUAUUACCUCCCAACAGGCACAUGGUGCGGAUUUCAGCUUUUUGAACAAAGGUGGGAGCAGGGUAACAGUUUCUGUGUCACAUUUCAUGGCCAUGGAUAAUCAAACUGAAUCCCAUAGGUGGAAGCCUUUGGACCAAAAUACACCUUGCCCAGAUAAUAUUGACUCUGAUUUGAAAGGGAAAAACCAAGAGAUGAAUGCAGAAGCUGGUGCUGCUGAAACACAAAACACACUAAUUGAAGUAAAUAAUGAAAAAUCGAAGACUCCUAACUCAGAAUUGGAAAGAGACUCUCAGAGCUCCUCUGACUUUGAAAUCCCUUCAACCCCCGAUGCUGAGUUACCUAGACCAGAUAAGCUGCAUUGUCUGUACAAGAAACUAGCAGCAGGUGAAACGAUAUACUGACUGAAGGGAAUCUCUUCUGAAUUUAGGAACUUCUCUUUAAAAUAUAGACACAGACACACGCACGAGUCAACCGAAGCUGUAUUCAGAGGUAUAUAAAAACUGUACUUAUCCCCACUGCUCUGUUUGGGGCAGACUUACUACAUUUCCUUAGAAAUCUCUCACUACUGAUUGUCGAGACACUAGGAUGGUGCUGUACAUUUUUCCUCCUCAGUGAACUCCUGAAAAGGAAGAUAUUCCUGUAAGAGAAAUGAAAAUACUCUACUUGGUAGGAGGAAAACACUAAGCUGACUAACUGAAAAAGUUGUUUAACAACAAGAAAAAAGUGGACAGUGCAUCUUAGGUUGGUGAGGCAUGCAGCUGUGCAGUAGAGAAGGGAAGGAGAAAUAAACCAAAGAAAGUGAAAGGAGCACUAAGUGAAGUUUAGUUGAGUGAUAUCAAGCUGUCUUUAAGAGUCGGCAGGUAGCUAACCAGAUCUUUGAAUUUGUAAAUAUGUCUAUAUCGAAGGCAAUCUUUAUAAAGCUAUUUUUAAUAAACUUUUUAUAAAACUCUUAACUCUGCACAUAUUUAACAUAGGAGAGUGAUUCUUUCAGAGAGCAAAGUACACUUGCUACUUCCCAGUCAACAGACUAGGAAAGACUGUAGUCUUAGAAAUAUACUGGAUUUUGCUUACUUUUCAACAGACCUUGCAAAUGGUUUGGGCCUACCCAGGAACUGUUGUUAAGGUCAAAAGGUAGAUUUUUGGCUGUAAAGAAUAAUUUAAGUGAGAUGUUGCAAACCAACCGUAAACAUCACCUCCUACCCACCCUCUCUUGUCAUUAGUCCUCCACAGCUCAGCUUUCAAGAAAAGAAAAGUUCAAAACUGUCUGUCUAGUGAUUAAAACAUUACUGGCUGAAAAAUAUUUCCUAAUAUUUAAACUUCUGUUUUCACACAAGCUGUUUUUCUUAUUCUUCCGUUUAGUUCCUGGUACAUGUCUGCUUGCGUGUGUGGUUUGGAAAAGGUAAACUUGAAGCUGUCCCUAAGUGAAUUUCAAUGUAUAAUCACCGUAGUGCUGGGAUCAAGUCUUGACGUAACCAGUUCGUGUGAAUUGUCACCCCCCCUAGAGUUAGACUAGAAGGGACAAUUAAUAGAUCAUCUAUUUUAACCUCCUGUGUGUCACAAGUCAGUAAACUUCACAGAGUUACCUCUGUAUGGAGCCUAAUAAUUUGUGUAUGGCUAAAGCAUAUCUUCCAGAAAGGCAUCCGGUCCUGAGCUGAAGAUUCCAAGAGAUAGAGAAUCCUCUCUUUGGUAGUCUUCCAGUGGUUAAUGACCUUUACACUGUUUAAAAAGUUGUCUAAUUUAAAUCUGACAUUGGCUUCCAGCCAUUGGUUCUUGUUAUGCCUUUUUCUGCUAGAUUUAAGAGUUCUUUAGUACCUGCUGUUUUCUCCCUGUGCAGUACCAUAAAAUUUAAUAGUCGUCUCAUUGUUUUCGAUAAGCUAAACUGAUUGGACUCUAAUUCUCUCCCUGUAACACAUUUUCUCCAGCCUUCAAAUAACGUGUGGCUCUUUUCCGCCCCAUCUCCAGUUUUUAGGUUUGUUUGACAAAAUCUGUUUUCCAUAAAAGGGUGGCAACUGUAUUCCUGUCCUUUUAAUUCUUUAGCAAAUGAAUCCUGAAUCAGCUUUUCUAGUUUGCCCUGGAUUCAUGUCAAGCUAACAGGCCUGAAUAUACUGGUGUUAUGCUACUUGUCUUUCAAUACUCACACACUAGCAGUCUUCUGAAGCGUUGGGUUGUGGGUUUUUUGUAAUCUGGAGCUCUCUUCAGUGAAUGCUCUAAAUAACAAAGAUCUGACAGACCGUCACUGUAGACCUUAAGUGGGUAUGUCACGAACACCUGAAAUGACCCCUACUUUUUUUUUAGUCCUAAAACAGAUUACGCUAGCUCUUAAACAUGUACCCUCUGCUCUCAGCUAGGGAGCUGCUGUAGUGCUUUUUUGAUUCUACUAAAUAUUGGUUUUAGACUUUCACGUAGGGAAGUUUUGGCCUUUUUUUUUUUUUUUCAAUGUGUGUUAGCUCAAGCAAAGUUGUUCUGAAAGGGACAGGAGUCAUUCAGGCUUUGGAAUCUAUGAGGUGUUCAUGUUUUGAGUGGGGAGAGAAAUAGAAUCCAUGAGACUGUGUGCUACAGGCCUCAGCCAUAGCCUAGAGAGGAGCAACAGAUAACUUUGAAUAUGAAGUAGGGCUGACGAAUCCACAGAUGGGGAAACAGAUAAAAUCCAUGUUCUUAUGCAUAAGAAAUAACUUACAAAUCACUGAAAAAAAAUUUAAAAAUGUCAGAAAAGUUGACUAAGCCUAAUUUAGGAGCACCUGCAAACUUAUCUAUUCUAGGGUGCCAUGUCCCUUCUGCUGUACACAGUAAGCUGUUGGAAAGACUCAGGGCAGGCAAAUGUUUGAAAGCCUUGCUAAAAUUCUAGUCCCCUACUUGGUGCUGCUCUCAGAUAAAACAAGUAGCACUAAGUUUCAGGGAAGGUAGGCUUGUAAACAAGGUUUCACUGGAAGAGUUCAAUCAGAGGUAGUUCCUGUCUCCUUUCAUCUUAAAUCUUAUACCUGUUGGCUGUGGGGGACUUGCUCUGUGCGUGGGGGGUGUCAUUCUAAAGCUGUUACAAAAUGCUGUAUUUUCAAAUGCCACAGUAGACACGUGUUAGGAAAGCAGUUUGAGCAAGUGAUGCUGUAAGGCAUGGCUGGAGAGUAAAAAGCACUCUUGGGAUAUGAAGUUGUGGCCAGGAGAAGAUAAGCAUAAUUUUUAGGGGGGCCCUGGUUUAGCUAUGGGAUCAACUGAACUCAAAGUAUGCAGCCCUGGAGAAAGAGACUGACCCCUCUUGCUGCAGAAGAAUUCUGGUUACCCUGUGAGCCCCAAAGAAUGUUACAGGGGGAAGGAAGGGAAAUAAACCCUUUAUUUUUUCUGACCUGUUUCUCAUGCUUUUAAGUAAAGAGCAAGGGUGUUUUAGAAUCCUGUGCACAUUUCUGUGCUGUUACACCUAUUGUGUCCCUGAAGAGGUAAAUUGUAAACUGAGUCCUCACCCAGCUGGGUUGUUCUGGGACAGGGGUCUCAUCUCUCCUGGGUGGUGCUAGACUGAUGAUUAUGUAUGUUCUCAGCAUGCCAGAGACCUCAAUCUGGGUACAGGGCCUGGACUCCAUUCAGACUCUGGAGACUUAAAGCACCUUAUGGAUUCAGCAUUUAGAUCCUCUCAUACCAGUCUGGUGUCCCUUUCAAGAGAGGGAGCUCAAAUAAAUCUGUAACUAGCAAACACCCCCCACCAGAGCUGGACUUUAAUGCUGUACACUAGUAACCCACAACUUCAGACAAAGUAGUUGGGCUGUUAUAGAUGAUCAGCUCACUAAGACCACUACAUUCUCUAAACUUGCAGAAGUGUUAUCAAUUACUUAUUUAAUUAGAGGCAACUGACAAGGGGCUGGAGAGGGAAGAGAGUGAAUUUACUGUUCUAUCACACUGUAUAGGGCUAUGAAUACCUUCAUAGAAAUGCUGGUAAAAUGAGGUCACUCAGACAUGCAAAAGUAAUUCAUCAGGACUUUUUCUGAGCUGCUAGCUAAUGCUGUAUGAGAGUACAUGAACAAAAUUUAAGACCUACAGAAGGGAUGGUAGUUACUAUACACUGCCAACAAAAGAAAAAACUAAAUUUAAUUUAUUUUACCAAAAGAACUAUAGGAAACUAACUGCUAUUACAGAGAAAGAUGUCACAUUUUAUGCAAAAGUAGCGUUCCUGAGGUUAUAAACAAAUACACAGCCCCAACCCAUAAUGGAAAUAACUAAACAGAGUUGGUAUAACUGAGAACUUAAAUACACAGUAGCUUUUGCUUGGUGAGGAUGCUGCAGCAUUUUUAGUUUUGCUACCUCAAAACCAGCCGGAAGCCAGUUAAUAAGUUACCAGUACCCAAGUGCUAUUCACACAGCUGCAGUGGUAACCAUGGUAAUGCCUACAAAAAAGCAGAAAAGGCCAAAGCAAGGUUGGUCUAGGCUUGCUAAGAAACUGAAAACAGCUUUUUCAAUGUCACUUUUAAAAAAAACUUAAUGUCCAAUUAACAGAAGGCAAAUUGAAAUGCACUGUAAAUUGGUAAACACAAAACAAGCUUUGAGGUCCUAAAUAAGUAACAGGAUACAGCAGUAGACUUUAUAUCUAAUAAUUUCCUGUUACUUGCCAAGAUUUGAAUUCAGGAGCGGUAACACACAGCCCUUAGAGAAGAGCACCUGGUGCUAUACACACUGACUUGUAAAAAGACAGGACCUAAAUUCAGAUUUUGACAGCUGUAAGACCUUUAUCUACUUAAAAUGUAGAUAUCUGUAAUUGCCUAUCCCUGUAGUUUGGUUAAGGAUACCCAUGAGCAGGGCCAAAGAGGAAGGAGCGGAGCAGCCAACCAAGGUGUCUGAGGCCUUUUAUGUGUCUUGUAGCGUGGACAGGGGCAAGGAAAUGAAAUGAAGGAUUACAUGGGUGCACACAACCCCAUUUAUUGGGGCAGUAUGUAAAUGGAAGAGGAAUGAAUUUGGCUCAAACAAUUUUUUUUUUUUUUU